AUGGGAAAACUCACCUCUACAAUUGGCAUACCGAUCAAACUCCUCAACGAAGCACAGGGUCAUGUUGUCACUCUUGAACUGUCAUCGGGCCAAGUGUACCGAGGCAAACUGUUAGAAGCUGAAGAUAACAUGAACGUACAGUUGAAAGAUGUACAGCAAACAGCAAGAGAUGGACGGGUGUCACAUCUGGACCAGAUCUAUAUACGCGGAAGUCAUGUACGCUUUUUCAUUGUGCCUGAUAUGCUGAGAAAUGCGCCCAUGUUUAGGAGUAGAGGGACAAGAGGACGAGGUGUCGGUCUCGCUAGAGGUCGCGCCACUGUCAAUAGAGCAAGGGCUGGUAGGAGAGGUUGA